AUGGACGGGGGCAGCGGCCUUAACAUCCUGUAUGUUGAGACCCUGGAUCCUAUGCGCAUUCCCUGGGUUGAGCUCCGACCGGUGAGCGCGCCCUUCCACGGCGUGAUCCCGAGGAAGCAGGCGUACCCGCUUGGGCAGAUCAACCUGUCCGUCAUGUUUGGCGACCGCGCCAACUUCCGCAUGGAGGUCCUGACCUUCGAGGUGGUGGAUUUCCCUGGGUGCUACCACGCCAUCCUGGGGUGUCCAUGCUACGCCAAGUUCAUGGCGGUCCCCAACGACACCUACCUCAAGUUGAAGGUGUCAGAACCGCACGGCACCAUCACGGUGGGAAGCACCUUCUCGCAUGCCUAUGCGUGCGAUCACGAGAACUUCGAGCUCGCCACCGGCCUCACCAACUCCGCCAAGCUCCCGAAGCUCGGGAAGGAGGCGGAGCCGGCAAUGCCCGACUACAACGAGCCGAUCGCCGCGAGCGCCUUCAGCCCGACCGAGGAAACCAGGGCAGUGGAGAUCGACCCCAGCAACCCAACCAAGAUGGUGCAGGUCGGGACCAAGCUCACGACCAAAUAG